UAGAUAAGAAUGUGAAAUUUAAAAAUACUAAAAUAGUGAAAAAUGAAAAUUACCCAUUUUUUGUAUUAAUUAGUGUCUUCCAAAAAAAAUUGUGCUGGCCUAUGGGCUGUAGUUAAGCUAUAGUAUGACUUAUGACUAAUGGUUUAUUGUGAAUUAUGGCAUAUACGUAUAAUUAUUGUAUUUGAUAGCCAGUAACGUCAUUAUACAAUUAAUAGUUGGGGACACAAGAUUGUUUAUUCACGGUGCUACAGCAGUCUUAAAAAAAACAAGUCCAUAUGUUUAAAACAAAAAGGAUGUUCUCAGUCUGUAUAAAGUCUCGCUGCUUUUUGAAGAAUUUCACAAUUUUUAAGGAUAAAGUUCAGAUUAUAAAUGAAAAUAAAACAUACUCUACGGUACCAUACGUACAAGGACAAUCACCAGAGAACAAAAUAAGAGAGUAUUUCUAUUACAUAGAUCACCAAGGAAUGCUUUUUUUGGAUGAUAGCAAAAUGAAAAAUUUUACAUCAGCUUAUAAAGAAAUAGAUUUUUUGGUUUUUUUUUUCAAACGGUUAAAAUUAAACACAACUGAUCGAUAUAAAGAACACUUUCCAUGGAUAUCAUUAUGUGGAAGAGAACGAAAUUUUGUUAGAUGUGAUGAUCAUCCAAUUGUGUUCAAUCAGGUAGUCAAAGGUGACGAUGGCAAUCUGUUAUUUUGUCAUAACCAUGCUGGUCCAAAGUUGACAGUUUUAUUUCAACCGGACAAGCUUUGGAUGGAUGUUGAAAAUGGUAGAGUGUACCAUCCAGCCAGUGAACAAUAUGGAUCAAUAGGACUUGUAUCAUCUAGAACAGCUAUUGAAUUUAGUAAAAUGUUCAAAUACAAGGAUACGGACAGUUAUGUGCCAACACAUUUUUUGUGGAGUGGUAAAGAGUAUGUCCUAGACUCUGAUUGGUUCAAACACUUGAUACGCAAAUGAGCAAAAUUCAAAUUGUUAUGUGAAUAGUGUUAAUCUAAAAUAAAAUAUGUGUUAAAAAUCAAAA